CAUUUUUCUUCUUCUCCUUUCUGAUAAACAUCCCCCCUGUCUCCAACAGAAGCCUAACCCCUCCACACCUCUGCACUCGUUCAAACCAUUACCAGACACAACCAUUUCACCGCUUUUAUCCCUAAUCCCCAUAUUCCUGAUGAUAGCGAUUCCACACUGAUAUGGCGAUAACCAGCAUAAUCCACGAGAUGAGGUUCAGGCCGCACCGGGUCGUCCAGGAUACCACCGACCCGGCCGCCACCCAGGGCCACGGCAGUUCCCUCUGGGCUAACCUUCCCCAGGAGCUUCUGAGGGAAGUGUUGUUGAAAGUGGAGGCAUCGGAGAGCAGCUGGCCUCCUCGGAAAAGUGUGGUGGCCUGCGCCGGCGUUUGCCGGAGCUGGCGUAUCAUCACCAAAGAGAUCGUCAAAGUUCCUGAACUCUCCGCUAAGUUGACCUUCCCAAUCUCCCUCAAACAGCCUGGUCCAAGAGAUUCUCUGCUCCAGUGCUUUAUAAAGCGCAACCGUUCGACCCAUACAUACUAUCUUUACCUCGGCUUAACUAAUGGUGAGCAUCUGUUUGGUAUUUUUUGUUUUGCAAGAUCAAACUUUUUUGGAACGAAAUUUACAGUCUUUGAUUGUCAGCCACCUCAUGCUGGAGCAAAGAUGACUAAGAGCCGCUCCUCUAGGCUUGUAAAUGUGAAACAAGUUUCACCUAGGGUUCCUUCUGGAAACUAUCCAGUAGCUCACAUCUCAUACGAAUUGAAUGUGUUGGGUUCUAGAGGUCCCAGGAGAAUGCAGUGUAUUAUGGAUGCAAUCCCUGUCAGUGCUAUUGAACCAGGAGGAGUAGCCCCCACACAGACUGAGUUGUCUCUUAGCAAUUCAGAUUUCUUUCCAUCACUCCCAUUUUUCCGUUCAAAAUCAAUUCGCAUGGAGAAAUUUCUAUCAGGACCUUCGGCUGGUCAGAAAGAUGCGCCGUUGGUGUUGAAGAACAAGUCUCCCAGGUGGCAUGAGCAAUUGCAGUGUUGGUGCUUGAAUUUUCAUGGACGUGUUACAGUUGCUUCGGUAAAAAAUUUUCAGCUGGUAGCUUCUCCAGAAAAUGGACCAUCUGGACCAGAGCAUGAAAAGAUCAUCCUCCAGUUUGGAAAAGUAGGGAAAGAUUUAUUUACAAUGGAUUACCGCUACCCAAUCUCUGCAUUCCAGGCAUUCGCAAUCUGCCUCAGCAGCUUUGACACAAAGAUUGCUUGUGAAUGAUACGGGGUCAAACAGCAAAGCAGGAAGGUCUAACUUCGAAUGCAAUAAGAUAUUUGAUGGAGGUGAUGGUGGUUUCCGAAGCCACCAUUGGUGAAAGGAGAGGAAACUGCUAUUUUACUUCAAGUUUUCAUGGGUGUCUUGGAUGUUAGACUUCGAUGAAACUGGGUGGGAGACCUUUUGAACAUCAGAGAAUAGUUGUCCCCCCAUGCUCUGUAAUUUAUCUUUUCUGUACAUAGUUACCAAUAAUCGUGAAGAUCCUCCUAGUUCAUUUCUAUUUGCUAUUCAAUCUCUUUCCAAUCCUCCGAGAUACUUGUGCAAAUUCAGUCUUUAUGUCGUAUACGAGCAGUAGGUUUGUUUUUCGACUUGGGAUCUUUUAUGUAAAUAAGCAGUUUUUUUUUUUUUUUUUUGUCUUAAUGAACAAGAAAGAUCCUUGAGCUUGCA